GUGAGGUGAACCUUGAUGCUCUAUGAGUGUAAAUAAAGGUUUGAAGUGAAACUUCACGUUAGCUAUUAGCUCUAUUAGCUAUGCAGCGCAAGAAACUUUGGCAUCACAAGUCAGACAAGGAACACUUCAUCAUUCUGCCGUGAAGGACCCCGAGACAUGCAGGUGGGAUCAGGGCCGACCCUUCUCACCCUGGACAUGGACUGUUUGUUCCUCUUCCCUCUGGCAGGAGGCUACGGUCCAUCCAGACCAAAACCUCCCGUCACAGGAACAGCUUCUUCCCCACAGCUGUCAGACUGUUGAAUUUGUGAACAGCCAUUUUAUUUUAUUAUUUUAUUAUAUUUUAUAUUUUCUGUCAUCGCUUUAUUCCAAAACACUUUCAUAAUUGGUGGGAUCCCCACUGACCAUGGCAAUAAAUUUGAUUCUGAUUCUUCUAAAGUCAUUAUUUAAACAAUGAGUUGGGCUCAUUUAUUUUGUUUGGUCAGGUUUGGUUUGGUUCCCAUGACUUAGUGAAUUAAGAUCUAUCAGGGGCAUUGAUUCUCCAUCAUGUUUCCACAACUCUGUUACAGGUUUAAAUUACAGUCAUAGUUCAACUGGGUGACUUUCCAAAUGUGCUUUACUGCCAUCUGAAGUUAAGAGUCCAAUUCUGUUUACGGCAUCAAUCUAUAUGCCAAAACCUUAAACCAGAAUGCAUUAUUUCAAUAGCAUAAUAAUAAUAAUAUAAUUCCUGCGAGAAAACACGGCACUCUCUCCUUCCUCCACUUUAAACAGACUAAUGGUUUGUAAAUGGUAACAUGUUACAUUACCCCUUACUGAAAAAAGGGGUUUAUAGUUACCAGCAUCACUGUAUCUAGCAAGCGCAAGAGAAACAACGUGGUGUUAUACAGUCAGUAAGCCCACGUCCAGACCUUCACAUUGGAGAAACCAAACAACAUCUCCAUAGAUGGUUGGCUCAACCCAGUUUCUGGGAAGACUCAAAAUUCAAUUUACACCUCAAGGGUGAGCAAUACUCUAAAGAAAGCGAGAAAGCGAUGCACAUAUUUUGACAAGACAUAAAAGACUUUGUCAUGGCGGAAAGUCCCUCUCUUCAACUGGGGACGUGGGUAUAGACACUAUGCUUCAGCCCCAUAGAAUACAUCGGAUAUAGAGCUAUUGCCUUUGUUUUUUGAGCCCUGGUUAGCACAUGUGCAGUAUUAACUCAUCUCAACACCUCCCCUGUACAGGUCGUCAUGUUUGCCCACAAGUACAUCCCUCAUUGUCACCAUGGUCGCACACAUGGACAGUACGAAUGGUUGGGCCUAUUGUUGUGUACCACACCUGAACUGUGUGCCCAUUAAAUGUGAUGUCGACCAUUGCCUUCCUUUUCCAUUCUGCGCGCGUUAUAGAAGCAUUAACUCCAAAUCCAGUUCACUAGAACUGAAGAAUUCUUCUGGAUACACGGUGAAGCGUUUGCGUUGGCAAAUGUCUGGACAUGCGAUAAAGCCAGUGGCGUGAAGUAGAAAGUACAACAGCACCGCUCAGAGGAGGGGUGGCAGUACUGCAGCUGUUUUGCUGCCGAGUGGAGAAGGAGGCCGCUUCCUGUAGUCGGGGAGAGAGGGGGAGGACGCAGAAUGGCGGCCGUGCAGUGCUCCAGAUGCACGGCAGAAAGGAGAGGGUUUCGGCGAGAACUUGACUCGUGGCGAUACAAAUUGAUCCAUUGCGUUGGGUUUGAAAGUAUUCUGGAGGGAAUAUAUGGCUCAAUGCUAAUGAGAGAUCUUAAUUUAUUCGAUGACUGUGAACCUGAAGAACUGGAUGAUUGGUCCCCAGAGUCGAGUGUCUCUCACUGCACAUUCUGCAACCUUCCCAUAGACCGAGAUCAAGUACCCUCAGCCGUCUCACCCCUCUCAUCCCCAUCUGAUUACUCUCCUUGUCAACCUCCAACAAUCUCUGAAAGCAGCCAAAGAGCUCACAGGUUUCUUCAGUCUGUGUUCCACAAAAAAGAUGUGAACAUUGGCGGCGAUUCCUCCAUUCCACUGAUUGCCCAAGAACUCAUGAAGAAGAUGAUACACAAAUUUGCUCUGGAAUAUGCGUCCAAGUGCCUGCUAGACACAAGUGCAAGUGUUGUGACAGCAGGAGAGUCAUUGCCUUCACCUGAAACAAUUGAUGGACCUCUGGAUCUCACCGUUAGUCGCGUCCAAGUAGUGAAGGAAAAAGAACCUGAACCAGGUUUUACUUAUGUGACAGAUGGUGUACUUGACCUCUCCAAAAGAAAUGCAGUCCAGGCAGCAACAGCAGCGUCUAAUGAUAAAAGCUCAGGCUGCUGUCUGCCGUCUGAACUCGGACAUCAACAGAAGAAGCAUCACAAGAACUCGCCAUUGAAUGCUGUUCUAAGUUCUCUUUGUCCAGCACAUGGUUCCUUGCUCUACCAAGUGUUAAAGUUGGCAAACCAGGAAAGACUGCUGCCCUAUGCUGAUCCCAAUCGCUCAAAAUGUCAAAGGUUUUGCUGCUGUGGGCAUCGAUGCGAAGUUACCAGCCCACUCUCAAUGGCAAUAUGUAAAACAGGUGCCCACGACUGCGUACCGUCCUUCCCUUUAUCUGAAGAGUACGACAAAUACAUAUCGAAUGAUGGUCAAGGAGACUGCAAGUGCGAUGACCUCGCCCACCAGUUCGCUUUGAAACAAAGCAACACUCCUGCAAUCUCCAUGUGCUGCUGUCAUCAGCGAUGUGGGAUGGAAAUGUGCUCAAAAGGUCGGCCUUAUUUACACUGCCAAAGUGUGGAUGUAGAUCAUAUCUGCAAAAUAGUUGGUGGAUGUGCAUCCUGUCCGUCACUUGCUCCAAGUUUAGGCCCACCUCCCCCUGUGUGCUGUAGCAAAGCCAAUCCGUACCCUAACUGUCGAUCAAGACAUUCUUGUAAAACACAAACGAAAACAAGAAUAAAACAGGAGUUGGACGACUCUCAUUGUCCAGUCCUCAAGAGAGAGCGUAGUCCGUCCCCUCCCCCUCUUUCUCCAGUCCCCUCAGACAUGCAUAUGAAAAGUCACGAAAAGCCCCCGUGCCUUCUUCACCAGCCUCAUGAGGGUCCUAGAUUACUGGGCAAAGCCCAUGUGACCUCUUGCUGUCAGGAAGAGCGUUUGGACUCAACAAAAGAAGAGCCAGCGUGCCCAAUGUGGACAGCACAUGUCCCCAAUGGGUCUUCCUUACAAGAUGUCAUGAUGCGCUUCAGUGAGAAACUUGACACCAUUAGGCCCUUAGAUAAAGGCCAGCCUCACGUGGCUGAGAAGCCGCAGGCUCCUUGUGUCCCUGCAAGCCAGAAGCCUCACUUUCGUGCAGACACACAUCUAACGGAGAUCAUCACGACUGUCUUGCACACGGGCAGCGCAAGUGACUACAAUCUCAGUGAACUGUUCAAUCGCCAGGACAGCAAAGAGUCCAUAUCUCCCAAUACCCGCUCCCGACGUCGCCAAGAAGUACUCGCAGCCAUAGCCAAACCUCCUACGGAUGCAUCCGCCCGAAGACAAACUCUGAACAUUAAACGUGAGCUUGCACAGUAUUACAACCGAAGGAAGGUGUUACCUUCAAAGUGCGCAGGACGGAAAAAUGGGUGUCAUAGCAAGUCUUUGGAUGCAGGUGAAACACAAGGGAAAAUGGCAACUGAAGAACUCCAGCUGAGCAAAGCACAGGAGAUGGAAAGAGAAAUAACUAUGAAUAAAAGUGACAACGGGGGUGUUAAUGUAGACCCUUGUUCGCUGGAUCCAAAGAUGCUGUCAAAAGAAAGAGACUCUGACAGAAGCAAGGCAUCUGAUUUGGAGGAGAAAGGAGUCACGCACGUGGAGUCGAGACGAUCCAGGAGAAACAUAGUUCCUCCGCAGCGCUUCUCCUCUUAUGUCACAGAGCCUAGAAAGAUGUUCUUUGUUGCAUGUUUUUCUGAAAACAUCUUUAAUCAGCGAGCACGGGAGGACAAUUGUUUGACUCCACCUUCCUCGGAUAAGAAUAUGUAUUCCACAGUCACCGUGUCUGGACCUCAAAACGUCAGUCAUUGCUCGCAAGUAAACCAACAGUAUGUUGCAUUCUGUUCAAAGUCAGACUCUCAAAUUCCCAAACCUCUCGAAACGCUCCACGGUAAAAGAAAGGCCCAAACACAGAGCCCAGAUGGUCAGACUGACGGCUGCGACUCAAGCGUCAGAAAACUCAGAACUUCUCCAAGAAGACAAAAGAUCGCAAAGACAGAGUCCCCGGACAUGGACCUUAACAUCAGCACAGUUUGUGAGAACUCCGCUACCUCUCCAGUCCAGUACACCAGUCCAAUCAAGCUCAUGCUUGUGUCGCCUGUGAAAGACAAAGAAGGUUUGAAAUACAGUCUGAAAACAGCACCUUCAGGUUUAGAUGAGCAUCCUCAGGAACCAUUUGAUCCUUGUGUGGAAUCUUCAUGGUCUGGGACAGCGCUGAAGUCCACUGACGCCAGUACUCAUUUGGAACCUGUUUCCUCUGCGCUGAAGUCAACUACUUUGCGUAAAAUAUCGAGUUCUCCAUCAAAGUCACCAGUUAAGUCAAAUUCAACAUCCUCACCCGUCAAGUCUCCCUCUUCCUCUGUCAGUUCAGGUUCUUCACCAGCAAAGUUGCCUCUUUCACCGAAGUCUGUUUCACCCAAAACAGUCUCUAGGAGAUCACCUGACCUUUCACCAGCAAGGCGUCUCCAUGAAACUUCGCCGGGUAAAUCUGGCCAUGACUCCACCCCCAAGAGACGUCGGGGUCGACCAAAGAAGUUCCGAGCGCAGCUCGAAACAAAAAUCAAGAGACCCAUUGGUCGACCACGAAAGCAGAAGGCGUCGGAAUCAGCGACUGCUCCACCGACGCUUGACAAAAACAAUUUGCACGAUGAUCCGUUAAACAAGAACCUGAAGAUCACUGUGGUCUAUGGCCGCUCCAGGAGAAACAAGAGGACCGUGUCUGAGAGCUUUGACCCAAUACAAAUGGAAUUUAAAGAUGUCUGCCAGGCAGGAACGCGAAGUUCUAGCCGUUUCUCCUCUGCUUCAUUGAAGUUGUCGGAGAACCUCAUCAACACAGAGCAGUCCAUAGGGCCUUUAAUGCAGAGCACUAAUGUCAAAUGCCCCAAACAUUGCGAUGCUCAACCAGCCAGAAAACCAGGCAGACCUGCUAAAGUCAAAAUCUCUGGGAUUUCUGUCACUGUUGCCACCAUGUCUCCCAAGCAGCGUAAAAUCAAAAUGAAGAAAGAGUCCAGGGAGUCUCCCGCAGCAGUAAGGCAGAAGAGAGCAACAGCAUUUAGAUCAACCAAAGACUCCUGCUUAACCGCCAGGCAGUCAAGGCGUGGUCCCCCUCAGGAGGAGGCAGAAAUGCGAGACAAGAAUAAAGACAGACAGAAGAACAGGUCUGCACCAGUACGUUACUCAAAGAGAGUAAGAAAGCCCUCCAUUUACUUCCUUCACGCUGUCGCAAGUGCCAGCUCGAGGUCGCACAGCCACAGUAACGCUCUCCUACGACGCUCCAAGCAGCUUUUGCUCAACAAGGCAAGCAGUGAAAUGAAGCAGGAAGAGCAACGAGUUUGUGUGGAAGAUGAGCGGCGAGGACAGAAAAAGAGCUCAUCUCAGAACGUCAGUAAAAUGGCUGAGGUGUCUGUAGACUCAAUAUUUACCCAGAGAAACCCGCCACGGUGGUGGGCAUCUUCCACUGAAGAGAUGGCUUUGAACCAAGAGCUCAUACAACAAAUACAACUCAUUUCUGGCAGCUGGGUCUCCAUGAAAUCUACCAACGAAAAAGGAAAAGAAAUGAAGACUAAAGCGAGCACCGACGGAGACGGUUCGCUCGAACACUCGUAUCUGGUUAAAGCCCUUUUUGACUGCCCGAGAGAUAAACCGUGGUCUUGUAGCACACAGCAGCUUCGCUCCUGGUUCAUGCAAACGACAGAAACAAAGUCCCUAAACAUUAUCAAGAAGGCCAGCUCUCGUAAUCCGUACGAAGUGAUGCACUUUUCUCGUCCCGUUAGUAAGAAGAGCUCUUGCAGCAGUCCCCAAGCAGAGCGGCUGCGCAAGCAUGUCAAGAAAUUUGCCAGGGCUGUGCCCCAAAGUCCGUCGCAGCACCGCGCCGCCCUAAGAAGACAGGACGUUAGGAGGAAGAUAUCGACUUUAAAACACAAUGUCAGGCGAAGACUUUUCUCUCACAAGCGUCAGACACAAGGGGCCAAGAGGGAGGUCAGAGGGGGGAAUUACCUGAUGGUACUAUCCAGGGCGAAGAAGAGGUUCCAAACUCGUGAUGAAAGGAAAGUCUGGCUAAAGAGGCAGAGAAACAACAAACGCAAAAAGGUGGUGACGCUCAAGGUGGAGGCGGGGAGACUGAUGCACAGACGAAAUAGGAGCCAAACUCAGGAGCAGGUAGAUGCACAUAAAGAGCCAAAACAUUGCACUAAAGCCUGGAGUCCUGAGACACUGAAGGAUUGCCGCGUCUUUCUGAAAAAGAUUGACCUUGCUCACCACCGAACACCUGAGCGACCCAACUCCAGUACUGUGACACUGGAUGACCGAAGUCGCGUGGGAGGGGUCAAAGCUGUGAAAAGAAAAAGGAUGACGACAAGGAGUGCCCGAAAAUCCGCCCUGGAACGCGACAAAAGGCCAGCAACACGGCAAAAAGGCAAAUCUCGAAGUCCCAAGGUUGGAUCUCCUGAACCACCACCAGCCAAAAUGAUGAGACAAUCGAGGAUGAGGGGCCUAACCGGACCCAGAUGGUGCGACUUUGUCUUUGGUAACUAUCCAAACUCUUGACCGCCUCUUCUGACUUUCAUUAGAGCUAAAAAAAAGUUUCUCUCUCACUGUUUCCCAAUAGGAAGUUAGAAGCACCACACCGCCUCUUUUCUUACUGGGCAGGGAAUUCGGAUUGAAGUUGUGCCUUCUGACUUUGACCUCGCAGGUCCAGUCUUACACUCUGCAGUCAUGUAGCAGUCCACCUUUAACUCUUGCACUAUUUUUCUGUACAUGUACGUUUUGGUUGUCUCAACAUGUCCAGUUUGCAUUUAACUCACACGUUUUCCCAUGCAGCGACUGCUCUGCCACACCUGUGUCAAACACUCCAGCCAUUGAAUUUUAUAUAUUUUUUGCCGUUAUUUAAUUAAAUCUUAUUUAAUGUCAGAUUUUUUUAAGCGACUACAGCCUUUGCAAUAUUUUUAUGAAGCGUAACUUCAUGGUUGGAGUUGCCAAAUUCCCAAGGAGCAAACCUUGUUUGCUACUCUGCUUAUCAAUGCUGGACACUCUGGUCCAGACGUUGACAGAAACCUUAUUUUUGUAGUGUGUGGCUGUGUAUUUUGUGUAAUAAGUUCUUUUUAAAUGUCUCCCCUUUGUUUGCCUGAGGCGUGUGCACUGACUUCAACAGACUUCAACUUCCUUCAUGUUGCAGUUAGCUUCACCGGGCUGCAUUCAUUUUCUCUUGAUAUAGGUUUUCCAUUGAUAAGCUUACUGUGAGGUGUAAAGAAAUCAUGCCAUGGUAUGCACACAGUCCUAGUGAGACCUAGAAAUAUAAAGGAAGCUACACUGAACAGAUAAUAUGCAGUUAAAAAAAGCAGAUUAAUCCCUCUCCUCACAAGUCCCAAUUUUGCACAACCUCCCUCCAAUAGAUGGUGCAAUACAAAGCUGUUGGUUUGUCACAAUGUAUUUAUAUUUUAUUUCUCAGACAAAUGGAUGUACACAAGAACCAACGACGACGUGUGAUUGAAAUAGUUCCCUUCUGAAUCUUUUGUCAAAGCAUUACUACUUUUCAAUGUUUUCGAGUUUUGUUGCGUCUUAAUGUCUUUUAACAACGAUGCCUCGCCCCCUCAUUGAUGCUGUGUAGAUCUGUUGCUGGUCGGUCAAUGUGGACCUGUGACAUGUAUCUGACUGAUCGACUGAAGAACUCGGUGCUCUACUUUUUUUUUUAACGUAUAUUGUUCUUAACAGAUUGUGUCGCCUGUG